CCAGCCAGGCCGCUCACAGGCAUCCAGUCCUCUGUCUGAUCACAACAUGAAGGCCUUUGUGGUGAUUGCUGCACUAGCUGUGGUGGGCUCAGCUGCCCCCGGCAACUAUGCCAACCUCAGGAGUGCUGCUUCCCCCGCUGGCCUGGGUGCCAUCGCUGCCCCUGUGCACCUGAAGACCAUCAAGGUGGAUGAGGUCAAGUCUGCUCCUGUGACCGCGAACCACGCUGCUCUGACCUACUCGGCUGGCGCCAUCGCCGCUCCUCUGGGCUACGCCGGCCACGGCUACGCUGCUCCCCUGGGCUAUGCUGCCCACGGCUAUGCUGCCCACGGCUACGCUGCCCCCGCCGCUGUGGCUGUGAAGGCUGCUGCACCUGUGGAGCUCAAGGCCAUCAAGGUGGAUGAGGUCAAGUCUGCUCCUGUGACCGCGAACCACGCUGCUCUGACCUACUCGGCUGGCGCCAUCGCCGCUCCUCUGGGCUACGCCGGCCACGGCUACGCUGCUCCCCUGGGCUACGCUGCCCACGGCUAUGCUGCCCAGGGUUAUGCUGCCCCCGCCGCUGUGGCUGUGAAGGCUGCUGCCCCCGUGGAGCUGAAGACUAUCAAGGUGGAGGAGGUCAAGGCUGUUCCCGCUCCCGCGGCCUACUCUGCCCCCGUGGCGUACGCCGCCCCCGCCGCCUAUGCCAGCCAUGCCGCUGUGGCUGUGAAGGCUGCCCCGGCUGUGGCUGUGGCUGCCCCCGCCGUCACCUACACCGCCGCCGCGCCCGCCAUCGUCCGUCAGGAGGUCGAGAUCCCCGUCACCAAGACGGUCCACUACGCUGACCAGCAGGUCGUCACUGGACACACCACGAGCAUCCACAAGCCGGCCAUUGCUGCCCCGGUCAUCGCUGCCCCCAGGACCCUGGUUGGCAAGACCGUCACCAACCCGGCCACCGUUAGCGUGCAGAAGUACGCCGCCGAGGUCAAGACCAUCAACCACGUGCCCCAGCCGUACGAUGUGCCUUACGAUGUGCCCGAGCCGUACGCUGUGCCCACCCCCGUGCACACGGCCCCCGUGGAGGUGAGGAAGCGUGUCUACGCCCCGGCCGUCCAGGCCGCCCCUGUGGCUUACGCUGCCCACGGCUACGCUGCCCCCGCUGCUGUUGCCGUCAAGGCACAUGUUGUGAUCAUCUUCCUCAAUAUAUUUCCAUUUCCCAUCGCCUCCGUGCUUUAA